GCCAUUCUUUCCUGUUGACGGUGCCCCCGGCUGCGUCACAUUAGCUCGUCCUCGUCCAGUCGUCAAUGGUCCCACCCCAAACGACUACUCUAAGAAUGGAUGCUACACCAUCUGAUGAAAAUCUCAUCAUUCCAUUCUCUCUCGACGAGUACGAGGACCGUCUAGUACCUGAAUUUCGACUCGAAGAUCGACUCGCGUUCUGGGACGGUCCGAUUCGCGCCUUCCUCCGCGAGCGUGGAUACGCGCUGUACAACAUCUGCUCAGUACUCGAUGCCGCUGACUGCAGUCUUAUGUAUCCAGCACUGGACACGCCCCACCGAUCCGCACCGGACGACGAUCGCUACGCGUUUAUGGAUCCCGUCGAACCGGGACAUGUCUCUUACGAUGUCGGGGAGGGGCUCGAGAAGAGUUAUUUUGACUGCGUGGACAAGCCAUACGCUCGGGAGAAUCGUGGAAGAGCCGCCUACGCUCAAAGCAUCGACAGGCCGGAUCGGCAUGUUGCUAUCAAACUGGUCCGCAGUGAGAGCGUCGAGAUACACACGCUCAAGCUCAUAUAUGAAACGUCGAAACGCGAACCCGUCCGGGGUCUCAUUCCUGUGCUCGAGAUCGUUCCGUUUCGCGGACACUGGCUCGUUGUCAUGCCCAGAUGGGGAGAACGCAUCAUGUCUCCGUUCCCCACACUCGUUGGGCCCACGUUGUCUCUCGUUGAAGAUCUGCUCGCAGGGCUGGCGUUUCUUCACAGCCACAAUAUCGUCCAUCGAGACCACGCCUACAAGAACAUCCUCGUGAAUCACAUUCCAGUGCACGGGCACGAAGAAAUCUACGAUCCCCCACUGACUCGAGAACCGUUCCGCAACUCAGGCGUUCUCCAGCACGCCAUAUUCGAUUUCGACGUUGCUCUGAUAUACCCCGACCGCAAAUCCGCUCGCCUUCCAUACACGCUCUUCUGGCUGGGAGCAUACAAGCCCACCGAUGAGAUAUUUCAAGGCGAGUAUGACUACGAUCCGUUUGCGGCGGACGUGUCCAUUUUGGGUGGGGAUCUUUGUUCUGAUCUUCAGUAUCACACACCCUAUGUGCCCAUCCUGGCACCCCUGUUCGAUGGGAUGCUGCACUGGCACGUGCCGUCACGGCUGACGGCUUCCCAAGCCUUGGAUCUGCUCCGCUCACUCAGAGCUGAAUACCCGAAUCUGGACAAGCAGCCACUCUCUGCGAUCAAGAGGCAGUCCGUCCCUGUGUCGAAAUAUGACCGAUGGGCGGGAUUGCCCGACGACUUUGUCAAGCGGUGGGGUCAUCUUCGAACCCCGCCGGUUCCUUGGACGAGGUUGUUCCUGCGCAGGAUCUGCGAAUAUGAGUUCCUUGAAAGUUGCGUGCGUUUACUCAGACGUGUCAUCUCGUUCAUCACAGCAAUGGACUACGUCGGAAACGUAUUCAAUGCUUUACUUCUACGUUUCGCUCCGCCAAAGCCGCCAUCUCUGCCCAUGGAAAUGCAGAGCAGGCCUGAGCCCAACCACAAGCGGCGUUGACUGCUCUCAGGUUCUCGAUCGGCAGUUGGGCGUUGGGAGAGCGCGUAGGUCGGCAUAUUCUCUUAGUUAAAGAUCUCGCUCAGUUGGAGUCUGCUGAACGGGUUCCAAACCUCAAGGGCGGUAGUGCACACGGAAAGCCUCGGCAGCUGUCGUAUACUGGUCGAUACACACCUUCGCAAGAGAUUUGACUUGCCCAACAUGUAUCUACUAUCUCCUGGUCUAUUGACACUCU